AUGGCCGUAGAUGAAUACCUGCUUUCAAUAUAUGUGUCUGCUGCUGGCAUGCUUCCAACAGAGUUCAAGAGAGCUGCUCGGAAACGUCGCAAAGCUGAGAAAGAAGAGAAAGAGGUUCUAUCGGUUUCCUUGGGCGAACACGGACAAGAGUCGGAUGGAUCCUCAACCAAAUUCAAUCUUCAAAGAGGUGACAAUACCGACGGCGAUGAUGUGGCAGAAGAAGACACCUUGCUCCUACCUGAAGAGGUGGCUACCGCCUGGCUCCAUAGCGAUGCUAUGGUGGGAGAUGAAGCAGCAUGCAUCAAGCAUGGAUGUGUCGUAGCCGGAUUGCACUACAGUGUCAAGCAGUGGCAAGAUGACGCAACACGGCUGGAAUUGGCCCGGGGCUACAAGGCCCACCUGGACCAUAUCCGAGAUGACAGAGCUCUAGAGGAGUUGUCCAUUGCGCCGGUGAGCAUGAGGGGAGGCCUCAGAGAUGAUGACACAGGGAUCCACUGUUUCCUCCUUCUGAGGAGACAAGGCAAGAAGGUCAAUGCCGCGGGUCCAAUGCUCAUUGCAGCGCAUGCGCGGCUGCUCUCACCGGAAGAGCUUCUAUCGACCCACGUCCUGCCUAUCACCACAGGACAGGCACGCGCAGCAUCGGUUCCCAAAGUCCAGAUCCAAGGUCUCAGUUCCACAGCACUUGUUCGAGCUGCGGGCAAUGCUAUGAACUUGCCCUGUAUCGGAGUAGUGAUGUUAGGAAUCAUUUGUGGACUGGAAGAGCUGUAA